AUGAGUACGAAAACAAACGAGGAGAUUGCACAACCUGCUACUGCAAGUGGAACUCUGCGGCUGCGUUCAGAGACCUCCACAUCUUUCAAUUUCUCCAUUCCAGAAGGCUUGCGAAACCUUUUCCCAGAUUAUCGGACACCGGCUAAUGUCUCUCCAUACCUGUAUGCCAAGGAGCAGGGUGUUCAAUAUCCCAACUACACUCAAUGGGAGAUGGAGCCGUACAAAGAGAGGUCAGAUUAUGUUGACCGUGGCUCCUUAUCGAAUCCUAAGAAAAAGUCGCUUUUCGAAGCAGCUACAAAAAUCCGGCAUCUCACUCCUUAUUGUGGAACGGAACUUAUUGGGAUCAAGCUCACGGAGCUUACUGACGAGCAAAAAAAUGAGCUCGCAAGACUAGCGUCUGAGCGAGGUGUUGUUGUGGUCAGGAACCAGCUCGACCUUGACAUCAGAAAACAGAUUGAGUUUACCUCAUACUUUGGAGAACCCCACAUCCACCAUCAAAGCGGGAUUAUUCCCGAUCUUCCUUGGGUGCAUCCUGUCUACAAGGACGAAACUUCAACCGGCGGCCUGAGUUCUCAGGUGUGGCAUUCAGAUGUUCCCUAUGAAAUCAACAGUGCUGGUAUUUCCACAUUGAGAUUUGAUGUCUUGCCACGCUCGGAAAAUGGAGAGCUUAUCGGAGGAGACACGCUAUUUGCUAAUGGCUACCUAAUCUAUGAGUCCCUGGAUCCCAAAUUCCGGGCGUUUCUUGAAACCCUUUCAGCUGAGAGUAGUGGCUUUGGUCAAGCCGCUGUUGCUGCAGAAUCAGGCUACAAAACAAGGAGACCUCCUAUAGCAACGGUUCACCCUCUGGUGAGAACCAACCCUACCACCGGCCUGAAAUCGCUCUAUGUUGCUGAAAACUUCACAACCAAAAUUGUGGGUCUUGAAGAGCGCCUGAGCAAUACAAUUCUUCAGUACUUGUUUGACCAUAUACGGAGAUCAUUGCAAUACCAAUGUCGUGUGCAAUGGACUGAAAAUGACCUUGCAAUCUGGGAUAACCGUUCUCAUUUCCAUACUGGGAUCUUUGACUACUACCCCAAAACCAGACAUGGCACUAGGGUCAUUGCCCAAGCCGAAAAACCGUACUUUGAUCCGGACUCGAAGCUUUACAGUCAGGUUACUUUUGAAGGAUAUAGUGUUCUAUGA